AUGGUGAGUUUUCGGAGGGGUACUGUAGUUAGAAAAAUGGGUUACUGUAGUUUAUCUACUGUGUAGUUCCAUUGAUGUUUUGAAGUUUCUAUAGAUACUGUAGAUUUGCAGUUCGGGUGUACUGUAGCUAAAAGUUUAGUAUGUUUACUUGGUGGCUAUUGUAUUUUAGAACAGGAUUACUGUAGAUUUUAAUUUGCAGUUCGAGCUACUGUAGGCGAAGUACAGGUUACUGUAAUUUCAGAGCAGGAUACUGUAGUUUCUAGUUUUGCAGGUUACUGUAAUGUUUUUGCAGUUUGAAGUACUGUACUCAAUUUUUCAGAAAAUCAAAGGUUACGGUAGUUUCUAUUAGAAUACUGUAAAUUUUGCAGUUUGGAGUACUGUAGAUUAUUUUUCAGUUUAACCCGGGGUUACUGUUAUCCCUAGUUUACUGUAGAUUUUGGGUACUGUAGCUUGUAGCUCGAUUACGGUAGCUGGUGAACCUAUUAAAAAAAAAUUCCUGGCUGUAAAUUAUUUUGAGAAACCAUGAUGUGAAUUUUGAUUGAGGUACUGUGUUUCUUAAGAUACUGUAGUUUUUUAAAGUUUUGCGAAGAAAAAAAACUACUGUAGUAUUACUGUAGCUGAACGUUUAGCGUACUGUACCGAAAGUUCUAGGUAUAAUGUUUUUCAAAAAAAAAAAAAUUCAAAAAAAUUUUUUUUCGAGCUUAAUCAAAACUAUCAGAUUCAAACAUUUUCACUCCAAAUUUUCUCCCCAACCCAAUUUUUUUCUGCAGAAAUUCGUCUUAUUGCUCUCAUUCAUCGCUUUCUCCUCUCAACUCGCCAUUCCUCAACUCUCCGGAGCCGCUUUGACCGAAUAUGUGAAUUCGGUUCAAACCGCAUGGCGUGCAGCCACACCAAAAGAAGGUGUCGAGAAGAUUAUGCCAAAACUCAUGAAACACAAAUUUGUUGUCGAGAAUAAGGAAGAAGAUAUUGUUGAGAUGGUUAAGAUGGCUGAAGCUGAUAUUCCAGCCUCGUUUGAUGCUAGACAACAAUGGCCAAAUUGUAUUUCGAUCGAUAAUAUUAGAGAUCAAUCGGAUUGUGGUGAGUUAGAGCAGAGAGAGAGAGAGAGAGAGAGAGCAGAGAAAGAAAGGAGAGGCAAUUUUGAGAUCAGAACUUUCUAGAAUAUUUCUGGAUUACUGUAGAGAUGUUUGAGAUUACUGUAGGAACUAUGACUUUUGGUCUUGAAGCGAUUGGGUUACUGUAGAGUCAGUUUUGAGAUCAGACCUUUUUAGAAGAAUUCUGGAUUACUGUAAGAACUAUGCCUUUGGGUGUUGAAGCGAUCGGGUUACUGUAGAGUCAAUUUUGACAUCAGAACUUUCUAGAAGAAUUCUGAAUUACUGUAGGAACCAUGUGCUUGGGUCUUACAGCGAUUGGGUUACUGUAGAAAAGUGAGAAGGGUACUGUAGUCAAAUUUCAAAUCCAAAAAUGUCAGAAAAAAAACAAAGUACUGUAAAAAAUAUUGGAAGCUACAGUACUAAUUUUUUGCCACGUGGCAUUUCGAAUGAGGCCACGUGGAUUCAGUAGGGGUACUGUAGGCCCAAAUUUCCGUCUAGAUGUUUUCACUUUUUUCUGGAAAAAAUGGAAUCUAGAAUUUCGAAAAAAAAAAGUUUCGGUGAUUUUUUCCGGGAUGAAAUUUGAAAUUUAAAAAAAAUCUACACAAAAAAUUCUCCCGAACCCCAAAAACAUUUUUCCAGGAUCCUGCUGGGCUUUCGCGGCCGCCGAAGCCUCCUCCGAUCGUUUCUGCAUCCAAUCCAACGGAACCGUCAACACCCUCCUCUCAGCCGAAGAUGUUCUUUCCUGUUGCUCAGCUUGCGGUGACGGUUGUGACGGUGGAUAUCCAAUCGAAGCCUGGAGAUAUUUGGUCAAAACCGGUUUCGUCACCGGUGGAUCUUAUGAAUCACAAUUCGGUUGCAAACCUUAUUCCUUGGCUCCAUGCUCUGAAACCGUCGGAAAUGUAACCUGGCCAGAUUGUCCAGCUGACGGAUACAGUACUCCAGCCUGCGCCCACAAAUGUACCUCCACAGCUAACUAUGCGAUCCCAUUCAAACAAGACAAACACUUCGGAAGCACCGCUUAUGCCGUCGGAAAGAAGGUCGCACAAAUCCAAGCCGAAAUCUUGGCUCACGGCCCAGUUGAAGCUGCAUUCACAGUCUACGAAGAUUUCUACCAAUACACAACUGGUGUCUACCAUCAUGUUUCUGGAAGUGCUUUGGGAGGACAUGCCGUGAGAAUUCUUGGAUGGGGAACUGAUAAUGGAACUCCAUAUUGGUUGGUUGCCAAUUCGUGGAAUGUUAAUUGGGGAGAGAAUGGAUAUUUCCGAAUUCGACAAGGACACAAUGAAUGUGGAAUUGAACAUGCUAUUGUUGCUGGAAUUCCAAAAGUUUGA